GAGCCCGCCGCCGCCCGUUUUCGGCAGCGCCCGAGGACCUCUCCUCACGUUGCCCUUCCUUCCGGCUGCUUCGCGGUAGCCGCCGGCCUCGUUGCCUCCUGCGGCACGCCUGGGCGCUUACAAAAAGGUGCCUGCAGGGCGGUCCGGGCUGUGCGGCACGCUGUCAUGCAAGGCGCUUCCGAGGGUGUGGUGAACACGCAUGC